CUCCGGCAAGUUUUAUUUGUUAAUUUAAAAUGCAGAAAUGAACCUUUUAACUUUACUCUGAAAGCAAAUAUUGACUUUGUUUCAUAGCAAUCUGGACUUUGCACGGGAGGGGGAAAGCCUGACGUUCCUGAAAAUGGCAUCUGAGACAUCCGCAGAAGUUCCAAAAACUGCCAGACAAUUCGUCCUUAAAGAAGAGGUAAUUGUAGAAGGAAAAUGGCUGAAGCUUGAAAAAACAACUUACACUGAUCCUUUUGGUAAAAACAGAACUUGGGAAACUGUAAAACGUACUGGCAACAAAAAGAGUGUUUCAGCUGAUGGUGUAGCAGUGAUACCGGUACUACAGAGAACGCUCCACUACGACUGCAUUGUCUUAGUGAAACAGUUCAGGCCUCCAAUUAACAGCUAUUGCUUGGAAUUUCCUGCAGGCCUCAUCGAAGAAAAUGAGACUGCAGAAAGUGCUGCAUUGCGAGAGUUGGAGGAAGAAACUGGGUACAAGGGGGAAGUCGUUGAAUGUACUCCAGCUCUCUGCUUGGACCCAGGUUUGUCAAACAGCACGACGCACGUUGUGACCGUCACCAUUAACGGAGAUGACGCUGAGAAUACAAGACCUAAGCAAAAACUUGAUGAUGGAGAAUUUGUGGAAGUUAUUUCGCUUCCAAAGAACGACUUACUGCAGAGAAUUGAAGAACUCGUAGCGGAAGAACAUAUUGCAGUGGAUGCCAGGGUUUAUACUUAUGCGUUGGCCCUGAAGCACGCAGCAGAGAAACCGCUCCAGGUUCCUUUUAUGAAGUUCUAAAACGAGACAGUGAGAGAUUCAGUUGCAAGCUGCCCGACUCAGAUGGCUGACCAGUAUAACUCUUCUUGUGCUAGAGGUCCUUGGCUUUCUUGUAGAGCAAAAGAAGUAUUUGUAGGAAUGAUUCUGAUGUAGGAAUGACACUAAUGUUUUUAUCUGGAAUUAUGUAACUGACAAAAAGCAUUCCUUCUAACUCUCGGUCUAUCAAGCCUUGACAGAAUCAUCGUAAUAAAAAUGCUGUUGAAUUUUC